GCAAUAAAUGCAGCAGCGGUGGCAUGUGCAAAGUUAAAUAUAGAAGGUAUUUCUUUUUGUAGCAAGCUGGAUUCUGGAGUUUUCGUCAACGUUUUGCAAAAGUUUAUUCUCGCUCUCCCGUUGUGUUUCUUGGUGAGAGAGAGUAAAAAUUAAAAAUUGGAUAUGUGGAACAUAACUGAUAAAUGGAAUGCAAAUAGCGGAGUAAAGCUAUGCCAAGAGAGCUAUCGCAAACCGUUUUGGCUCAUUCGUGUUUUUGUUACAGACGUGUACGGGUCGUGUUGUCGCAUAAUUUUCUUGGACGCGCGGCGGUUGAUACUUCCACUUGAAAAGUUUGAAUGAUGUUCAGUGAAAUAUAGUUUUUAUUGUGGAAAUAAAAGUGGUGAAUUGUAAAGGAAUUUGAAUGAAAAGAUAAUUAAUAUUGAAAAGUUUCAAUUCGAAUUAUAAACCUUCAUAAGGUGUACCAAUAAUUGGGGAUCAUUGGAAGUGAUUGGAAUCGGAAAAGAGUGAAUUUCGGCCGAUUGUUGUUCUCGGUGAAGUGCAAAGUAAACUUGAAUUGCCUGAAUUACAUUAAAAAAGUGUUGAAAUCGGAAAUUGCAAUUUUUGAAGUCCCUUGCGUUUGGAAUUAAAAAGUCUAGUUUCCACUAUCCAUCCCUCUCUCUCAAAAAAUAAAAAAAAUACAAAAAGAGAAUCCAAAAAAUAAAUAUUUUAAAUAAAAUUUUUAAAAAACUUUAAAACGCAUUCAAGGAAAAUAAAAUAAAAUUAAAAUUGUGAGCUUUGUGUGUGUGAGAGAACAAGUGUGUGUGUGCCAAAAAGCAGCUGAGAAACAAAAACAACAACUAAAUGCCAUAAAAACCAACAACAACAAAAAUAACAAAUUUUAUACAUUGCAGAAUCGAAUAUAUUCAAGAAAAGCGCGUAGCAGCUUCAACCAAAAUCGUUCUCAAAAAUGUAUUUCUAAUUACAUUAAAGACAUUCCAAACCACAAAUCCUGCAAAAUGUCGGCCGAUAUUAUCAAGGAAAGCAAAACCAAGGAGGACCAUUUAAAUGGCAAUUCCAAAGUCGAAGUUAUUGUUGCCGCCAAGUCGGAUAAGACUUUAACCAAAAACAUUGACUCCAAAGAUGAUUCGUUGCGUAAACGCACCUCCCUGAUCAUUGUGCCCCAAAAGGACUCGCCCAGCGACACGGAGGACCAAAAGACCAUAACACACAACAUGAGCUCCUCCACUAUUGAUACGGAGAAUUGCAAUGAAUUGAUAACGGAUGCCAAACAAUCUUCGCUGAGCAAAUCCUUUGACUCAUCCAUAUGUUCGAAUCACUCUUCCACCGAUGAAGAGGAUCUCAAUGAACAUAAAAACUCCGCGGCAAAAGCUGGUAAAAUCAACAACAAAAAUCGCAAUUCCUUGGUUAGUGUAGAUAGUUGUGUUAGUCGUUCGAACACCUCGGCCUCAUCGUCAUCAUCCACCUCCUCGGAGUGUACUUCGUCGGGCGAUGAUGUUGUCCUUGAUGAUUAUCACGAUUUGGAGAAUGGUAAUGUCAGCAUUGAUGAUCUUGAGGCGGAACGUAAAAAUUGCAUUUCCAACUCGUCGUCGUGCAUCGAUGAUUAUUCGUUGCGCGAAAAGCUCCAUAAUUAUGUAAAUGCCUCCUCAAAGCAGCAACAGGACAACAGUGUGGGUGGUGAGGAGGAGGAGGACCGCGAAGCGGGUGGUACGGGUAGUUCCACUGACAUUGAUGAGGGUAACAUUGAACCCGACGAAAUCGACUCACAGCCCUGCAGUCUGCCAUUGCAGUGCGAUGCACUGUUGAGUCCACAAGAGGCUCCCAUGGGCAGGCGGUAUGCGGAAGUGGCUCAAUUUAAGGGCAAUAAACGAUCUUCCGAUUCCACAUUGGCUUCAGCAGCAACAACAACAACCACCCAUCACCAACAGCAACAGCAGGGCUUAAAUGCAACAGCCGGACAAAACAAUCAAUUAAAAUCGAACGCAACAAAUACUGCAUCGACAACAACGUCCGCUACAAAUAACAACAAUAACAACAACACAAGCAGUAGCGGCCUUAGCAGCCAUCAACGUCUACCAUUUUGUGGUUUAGAUUCCAUUAAAGGAAGUGACAAUAAUGGUGGAGAUGGCUCGCUUGGUGGUGGUGGAGGUGGUGUUACUGCCACUGGUGGCACGACUGCAGGCGGCAAAACCAAUUUAAGUUUUGAUCUGAAUCUACAAAACGGCAACCCAUCAUCGGGACACAACAUCAUGUCGCACGACAACGCCUCGGAACAGUUUCAUUCACUCGAUGCCACCGAUAGCUGCGGCGAUGGCCAGUUUGAAGAUGACAUGCAAGCGUUGCUGCCAAAAUGUUCUCGGCUAUCUAGAGAUGAACUAAGUCAGUCCCGUACAUCUCUUGUUUCGAGUUCAGAUGGUGGCAUUCUGGCCGAGGGUGAAACAUCGAGUGAAACUUCCCGUGGCUCGGAUGAUGAUUCGCCUCCCUGUGAUUUGGGUCUGGUGGAGCGUUUGUUGUUGACACAUCCAGUGUGGUUUUUACCCGGCAUUCAGCGUUCAGGUGCCGUUCAUUUUCUGCAAGGCAAAGAAGAAGGGAAUUUUAUCGUGCGCGGCUCAAGCCAACCCAACACAAUGGCCGUGUCAGUACGUUUGCCACCCGAUACUGGACCAUACAUCGAACACUAUCUCAUUCAAUCCAACGAAGGCAUUCUUUGUCUGGAGAGUUCCCGCUUCAAAUUUGAUUCGAUACCCUCGUUGAUAGCUCAUUAUGCUCAGUGUUGUGAUGAAUUGCCCGUUCAACUCGUCUUGCCACGGGCCCUGAGAGAGGCUAAGAAUCGUCAGCAGCUGUCAUCGCUGGCAUUGCUGGGUCAGGAGUUCUGGCGUUAUCCCAUGUCCUGUCCCAAAGAAAAAGAGGCUACUUUCCUCGAUGCCAAAUCACCCAAUUCCAUAACGGAAACCAGCGGCAUUGGCACGACCAUUUUUAGCAAUUCAGGUGGCAGUUCCAGUGCCACGGGUGUGAAUCAGAACAGCAAGGUGUUUAGUCCCAUCAGCAAUAUAACAAGUAUUUUCAGCCAGGCCGGUACACCCUCAGAUACCACAUCCAGCAUGAGUUCGUUUACUACCAGCGGGGGUCAACAUAUGCAGCUAAUGAGUCCGGAAUCGGUCGAUUCGGUUAUUCUGACCAUGUCCCCAGUAGAUAUCAACAAUCAGCGGAACGGUAUUUUGGGUCUGGGCAAUAAUCCGACGGACAACUUUAAAACGUCAUCCAACAACCUAUCCACAUUCAAAUCGAAUGCCCUACAAAAUUCUCAACAAAAUAACUUUAAGAACUCAACGAAGAACAUAAUGGACCAAGAAAUUCGCACACAAAGGCCCAAGCCACCAAACACAUUGAAUCUGGACUUGCGAAAGGCCGCACCAGCUCCACCAAUGCGCUGGUCCAAACCCCUCUCGCCCAAUAGUCCACAGCCACCAACGGACAUUAAUGGCCUGAAUGCUGCCAAUAAUUUCACCGUCACCACUACCGUUACAUUUUCCGUAGACAAUGCCAAUGCCCCGCAAUUCGUUGAGGUUACAACACCAGCUGCCAAUAACGCUUUGACAUCGGUCAUCAACUCCAAUACCACUUUCCAAACAUUCUCCAAACGUCUAUCGCCCGAAGGUGAGUGCAAGGACACUCUAUCCUCGCAAGGCUCAUCAGGCGGCAGCAGGUGGCAGUCUCACAGCAGCAAGGACUCUAAUAGUAGCCAACGAAACAUACUGUCGCCAUGUACGCCCACAAAUGCUAAUGUUGGUGGCAAAUCUCGCAAAUCAAAGUCUCGCAAGGAAUCUAAACAUUAUCAGGAGUCGGACAUUUUGGAGAGUCCGGAGAUUUAUUGCCGCAGCACUCUGCACGAUAAAAUUAGCGACUAUGAAGACUUGUGGUCGCACGAUCCCAGUGAUAGAACAGGACUUGUGACCAGUUUUAAGCCACCGCCAGACGGCCAGCAAGGAAAACGACCCGAUCUGCUAGCGGAAACACCUUCAAUUACCUCUUCCUCGAAUACAAAUACAACAGCGCCUGCCGUUACUUCUUGCCCGCCUCUAACACACACUGCCGACCCGCUUACCAUGAUGUCCUCUGAGACGACAUCCGACACUCAACAGCUGUUGAAGUUUCCCGAAGACUCUAAACCUCGAUCCAGAGCUGGUCUUAUCUUGCCCGGUCUCAUGACCCAAUCCUUGUCCGAAGAUCAAGUCUUCAAGUGCGAAGCCACAGAGGGUGAUGCAACACCUACUGCCCAGACCCCGGUGUCACGCAGCAAACAGGGCAGUCCAUUUUAUGCUGAACCUGCUGAUGCCCUGAAGCAAGCUGGUCUUACCACGGCCAGUAUUCUAAGACGGUCCCAGCGUGGUCCUCUACUGCCGGCAAACCAUCGCCAUUCGGAACCACCAAAAGGCGGCUUUGUACGCACACCCAUGUGUCCGCUCUUGGUGCCAGCUGAAAUCGAGAAAAUUGCCGGAAGUCUGGACGAACUGAAAAAGAAGCAACAACAAUUGCAGCAACAAGCCCAGCCUCAACAACAGCCCUCGAAAAGGGCCAGAGGCCGAUUUGAGCAAUGGCAAUUGGAUAGCAGUUGGGAAUUUAUGGCCAAGGGGGAUGAUAAUGAUGCUGAAUAUGGAGAUUACGAUUCAGCAGAACAAUGGAAGGAUGUCAAUGCCUCGGAAAAUCCAAAUAAAGAGAAUUCUUUAAAUCGCGAAGCGAAUAAAGAAAACAAACAGAAACCCUUGACAAUACAUCAAAUUAUAGCCAAGAGAUUACCUGAUCUUAACCUGCCCGAGUUGGUGAGAUGCUCUACGCCACCUCAACAGCAACAACAGCAGUCGCAACAACAACAGCAUCAUCAACAAAAUGGCAAUAACAAACAUCUCAACGAAUUAAAUGGCAGUCAGAAAUCCUUUGAAUCGUCACAAAAUAACACUUGUCGUCUCUCAGCGUACGAUAAUGUUGAACGUAAUUAUGCCCUAAGUCAGUGUUUCUUCACCGGUCUAGACUCUGCACAGUCGGAUGAUGGUACAGUGUUUUCAGAACCAUGGGAUUCAUCACAGUGGGAUUCGUUUAUGCCUCAUGAUGAUGCUACCAUUAACUCGGACACCAUACAUUUGUCGAAAUGUCGACCGGUCCUCUCAGAAGACGAUACCAUUAUCGAAGAGCUCAGUACCAAAGAACUUAAUGGCCAAGACACAUUAAAGCCGAAAAAGACAAGUGGCAAACAUGCUACGAUUUUACGAAAUCCCAGUAUACGAGAUCGAGAAAUUCUAUGUCACCCACGCAAUAAGAUCAACAUAUACAAUGGUGGUCCAGGUGAUACUGUUAGAGACUAUACUCUACUGCUGGCCUCCGAUCAGGGCACUACGUUCGCCCGCAACAUUGAAAACUUUAUUUCUUGUACCAAGGAAUCACGAGAGGCAGCACCACAGGUGGUCAUGCGUAACAUGCGCCAGUUCAUGAACGGCAUGAAAAACUACCUGGUCAAACACGGUGAAGGCAAAUUCCAUCAAGAGGUUGAAGCGGCCCGCUCUCGCCUGAAAUCUGACGAGUUCUUGAAUUUGGAUGCCAUUCUGGAAACUGUGAUGCAUCAAUUGGUUGUGCUGCCACUUAGAGAACAUUUGUAUGGAAUGUUCGUAGACUAUUAUACCAGAUCUGAGGACAUACAAUUGCUGGCCCAGAAUGUAAAAUAUGCCUGUGGCAGGGCUGCCAGUGACUUUGGUAUACGAUCCUCGGUCACUCCACCCUCACCAACUUCCUUACAAGUUAUAUCGAAUCUAUUGUUACGCCUGCAGGAGGCGGAACUGCCAUUGGAGAAGUUGGAAUUAUUCCUGUGUGUUAUUUCGACGAUAUUCGAUGCUACAGGCUGUCCCAGAGGACAGCAAUUGGGAGCUGACGAUUUUCUACCUAUUCUCGUAUAUGUUGUGGCCAAAUGUGGGUUUGUUGGAGCCGAAAUAGAAGCUGAGUUUAUGUGGGGUCUCUUACAACCCACGCUCUUGAAUGGGGAGCCAGGCUAUUAUUUGACCGCAUUAUGUAGUGCAGUACAUGUCUUGAAGAGUUUUAUGGCCUCGGAGAAUGAAAGUGGUACUGGUUCUUUAGAUUGGCGUUCUUCUUCAUUACCGGCUUGUUCUUCCGUUCUAAGAGUAAUCAUUCCCGAUGAAUGCAAUGGAUCGUUACAAACACGUACACUACCUGUCAGGCCACAUACCACAACCCGGGAAGUAUGCCGGAUCAUAGCACACAAGGCGCGCAUUACCAACCCCCAAGAUUAUGCUCUCUUCAAGUUGGUAGACGGCGAAGAAACACUGCUCAACGAUACCGAAUGCCCGCAAGAUAUUCGAUUGGCAGCCAAGGGAAAACACUGCAUGCUGGCCUACAAACGCAUCGAUGCCAAAAUAGCAUGGCCAACAAGCGCUCAGCCAAAUUUUAAUUAAACACAAAAUCAAUUUUAAUUGAGCAGCAUUAAAACAUGACUUAAUUAUUUACAUAAUUCCCCUAUAUAGAAUUUUAAUAUGUUUAAAUCUUGAACAAUUGCUCAAACGUAUGAAACCCCUUUAAUUCGUCGUACAUAGAAAUGUGCCAAAAUGGCAUACCCAAACUUUUUCUUUUAGAUCUUAAUAAGUCUAAUUUUAAGAUGUACUAAAACAGUAUUGCAAAUAAGUUUUUUUUAUUAAUAUUAAAUACAUAUUGUAAUGUGCUGAAAACAAAAUCAACCAACUUGAAAAAUCGUUGAAAAUGUAAAAAGAAAGAAAUUUGACAAUUUCAAUCAUUUCGUUGAAAUGCCAAUAAAACAUGAUUUAAUUUAAAACCUCUGUAUAUUUCUUAUUAAUUAUAAUUUUACUUUUAACCCUAUCCCGAAAUAAACUAUGAAAUUUAAAUAAUAUCAUUAAUAUUUGAAAAAUAUUAAAAAACACACACACGACAACACAAAAUUAAUACAGAUAAGAUAAUUACAUUUAUUCUCAAAUAUAACUUUACAAAUAUACAUUUUUUCAAAUCAAUCAUUUAAUAAUA